AUGACUAGGAGGAAAGGUAAUGUUGCUGUACAAAGUUCUCCCAAGAAAAAGGUUGCCCCUAGGAGUCCCUCUACUGACUCUAUCAAGAAGAAAAAUACCUCUACUGGUCCCAUAAAAGGCAGAGAUGUAUCUCAGAGUGUUUAUGUUGGUCCUACCAAAUCUUGGAGCAAAGUUAUUCCCAAGAAAAGGAAGGCUCAAGCUAUUGUUGACACUGACUCUUAUGUUGAGGUUGAUGUUCAAAACAUUUCACCCAGGAAGAAACCAACAACUAGCAAGCUGGCUGCUAGUGUUCCUGAGGUACCCAUUGAUAACAUCUCUUUUCAUUACCCUUCUAGUGUCAAUAGGUGGAAAUAUGUUUUCCACAAGAGGAUAGCUUUGGAAAGGGAGUUGACUCGAGAUGUCCUUGAGAAUAAAGAGAUCAUGGAUCUAAUUCAUGAAGCUGGACUAUUGAAAACUGUUGUUCAUUUGCCUACAUGUUAUGAAAUACUGGUUAAAGAGUUCAUUGUGAAUCUAUCAGAAGACUGCGCUAAUAGAAAAUCAAAGGAUUUUGGAAAAGUAUAUGUAAGAGGAAAAUGUGUUACCUUUUCCUCCACUGUUAUCAACAAUUUUCUUGGAAGAUCUGAUGAAGCUCGACCUGAGCUGGAAGUGACUGACAACAAAAUAUGUGAGGUGAUCACUGCUAAGCAGGUGAAAGCCUGGCCCCUGAAAGGAAAACUUUUUGUAAGCAAGCUCAGCAUAAAAUAUGCAAUGCUUCACAAGAUUGGAGCUGCUAACUGGGUGCCCAAAAACCACAAGUCAACUGUUGCUAUUGUGCUGGGAAAGUUUAUAUAUGUUGUUGGAACCAAGAACAAGUUUGACUAUGGUACUUACAUAUUUGAUCAAACAAUGAAGCAUGCCGGGAGUUAUAGUGUGAAGGGUCUCAUUGCCUUCCCAUCUAUCAUAUGUGGUAUAAUUGUGAAUCGGUAUCCUAAUAUCCUUAGUGAAAAUGAUUCUGUCUGCAAAAGGGAAAGUGCUAUUUCAUUUCACUACAAACUAUUUCAAGGAACCCAUGUUCCUGACAUUGUCACAACAUCAGCUGGAACAUCCAAAGACAGCACAACUACAAGAAAAGUUGUUGUGAUUGCAAUGCUCAGGGAAACAUGUAAGGAGCUAGAGUCCAUAAAAUUGGCUCUUGAAAGAUUGAUCAGCUCCCUUGAGAUGAAUGAGAUGAAUGAAGGAGCUGAGUUUGAUGAUGCUAAUAUGGAUGAACAGGGUGAAGAAGAAGGCGAAUCAGACAGAGAAGUUGAGAAAGAAGCCAGUCAAGAUAAUGGCACUGAUAAAGAUGCUGCAGAUGUUGAACUCAGCAGCUCUAAAGACUGA